AUGACGCGGACUGGUGAAAGCCUUCGGGAAGCCAGCUCGCCGACAAGUCUUCUUACGACCAAGGCCAAGACCAGGAUAGGAACCUGGAACACCAGAACCCUGUAUGAGAGUGGCAAGUCAGCACAAGUGGCCAGCGAGAUGAGAAGAUAUAACAUCAAGGUUCUCGGACUAUGUGAGACCCGAUGGAAUGGAAGCGGCCAGACCAGACUGUCUUCAGGUGAAACCAUCAUUUACUCCGGACAUGAAAACGUGGACCACGACCACACCCAAGGAGUUGCACUACUACUGCCUUCAGAGGCUACAAGGGCAUUGAUGGCAUGGGAACCCGUUUCAGCAAGACUUAUGUCAGCAAGAUUUAACUCCAAGGGCAGGAAGAUAACCAUCAUCCAAUGCUAUGCACCAACCAAUGCGGCAGAUGAAGAAGAAAAAGAAGACUUUUACAGUUCCUUGCAGUCCCUUUUCGACCGGACUCCAAGAAGAGACAUGAAGAUCGUAAUGGCCGACUUGAAUGCUAAGGUGGGAGACGACACCACAGACAGAGAACUCAUUAUGGGCAGACGUGGCAUAGGCACCUGCAAAGAGAACGGAGGGCUGUUUAUAGACUGCUGUUCUUUCAAUGACCUAGUCAUAGGUGGUACCAUCUAUCCUCACAGGAAGAUCCACAACACCACUUGA